AUGGUCGGCAAAAAAUCGGACCAUGAGUCCUCAAACCAGGUUGACUUGACACCAAAGUCACAGUCUCACAAACGCAAGCGCGAAGCCCAGAGCACCCAGCCCGCCGCCACUCCCACCCCGACGAAGAAGCAUAAGAAGCGCGAAAGUCUCCCAGGCGCAGAGGGUGCAGACGAUGCCAGCUCCAAAAAACGCAGACGUCUCAAAGAUGCGCUUCAAGGCGAGAGCUCCCCGGAGUCGACGCGGAAAGAAAGUGCUGUCCCGAAAGAGCGCAGCAAAACGACAGCUGCAAACCCUAGCGACACAGUCGGCGAGAAGCCAAAGAAGACAAAGAGCAGCAAACGAAAGAGCAGUGAGAAGGACGACGAGCUUGCUGAUGAACCUGCGCCUUUGAUCGAGGAAAAAGUUGAGGAUGAAGUUCCUGUCGACGCCGAGGAAGGCCGACCAAAGAAUAAGCAUUCUGGUAUCAUGUCGAAGUUCGAGCGGACAAAGUCAGUUGCAAGCGCCAAGGCCAAAAAAGUACAACCAGAAGCUGUCGAAGACGAGACACCUGCUGCCGAGCCUGUUUACGCCCAAGGCCUCGAACGACUCCCUCAACCUGUGAACCCACCCGAGCUAGAGCAACUCCCGACAUACUCUUCCUUGCCUCCGUGGCUUGCCAACCCAUUGCGCAAAUCUACCGAAGACACAAAGAAAUUUUCCGAAUUAGGAAUCAAGCCGGACUUGCUCAAGACCCUUGAGCAGCAGAACUACACAGAAGCCUUCGCCGUGCAGUCUACUGUCAUUCCCCUCCUGCUCCAAGGCAAGGAAAAUCACCCUGGAGAUGUUUGUGUCUCUGCAGCUACUGGUUCCGGAAAGACUCUUUCUUACGUGCUUCCCCUUGUGACUGCUCUUCCACCCAGACCUGCCUCCCGGCUACGAGGAUUGAUCGUCGUUCCCACGCGAGAGUUGGUGAAGCAAGCCAGAGAGGCCUGUGAACUAUGUGCUUCGGGAUCACGGCUCCACAUCGGAAGUGCCGUGGGUAAUGUGGCCAUCAAGGAUGAACAGAAACUGUUGAUGCGCGUCGAUCAAGUUUACAACCCGGCCAUCCAGCGUCAACAACGCGAAGGAUUGAAGGGCAAUGAUUGGAUGGAUCUGAGUCUUGAAGAUUGCGUGAGCGAGGCCCUAAACUCCAGUACCUCCCUCCCUGGCCAUGUGCAGCGAUCGGAGCCUAAUGUUGACAUUCUCAUUUGUACCCCUGGUCGUCUCGUCGACCACAUCCGCUACACUAAGGGAUUCACUCUCAAGCACCUUGAAUGGCUGGUGAUUGACGAGGCUGACCGUCUUCUGAAUGAGAGUUUCCAGGAAUGGGUUGAUGUCGUGAUGAACUCCCUCGACAGUCGCCAGGCUCCUGAUACUUUCGGUCCCGGAGGCAAACUCUUGUCGGAUCUUGGACUUCCAAUUGACGCCAAGCCACCCAGAAAGGUCGUUCUCAGUGCCACUAUGACCCGAGAUAUCUCAAAGCUCAAUUCUCUACGCCUUGCCAAUCCUAAAAUGGUGAUCAUCGGGUCUGAGAAGAGCCCUGAUGAAGAAGAGACAUCUGUCACCCGAACUGACUCCCACUUUACCCUUCCCUCAACCCUCUCCGAGCGGAUGGUUCGUGUUGGUGAUGGAUCCUUGAAGCCACUGUAUCUCUUGCGUCUUCUGCUCUCACACAUCGAGCUCAAGGGAGAUGACCGUGCUGUCAGCGAGUUCGAUUCCUCAGACUCCGAUGAAACUAGCUCAGAUGAUGAGACCAGUAGCGACGACGACACCAGCUCUGAUGAAUCAUCCGACGACGACACAUCCUCUUCUGGCUCAGACUCGGAUUCUGAUUCUGAUUCUGAUUCCGAAUCUGACUCCGACUCCGACUCCGAUUCAUCUGACUCUGACUCUGACUCUUCUAGUUCCUCCGACUCAUCGGAAUCGGAAUCAGGAGUCGAAAAGGUCAUCCCAACCCCUUCACGCAAGACAGUUCUCGUGUUCACCAAGUCAUCCGAGUCUGCAUCACGUCUGUCGCGCCUCAUCGCACUCCUGCACCCCGCUCUGGCCAAGCGCGUAGGAACAAUCGUGAAAUCCAACAACUCCUCCGCAUCUCGCAAGACUCUUCGAGCAUACAACCAAGGCCGUAUUUCAAUCAUCGUUGCCACCGAUCGAGCAUCCCGUGGUCUGGAUCUUCCAUCUUUGACCCACGUCAUUAACUACGAUGUCCCUACUAGUGUCACCACUUAUGUUCAUCGUGUCGGCCGUACUGCUCGUGCCGGACGGGAGGGAUCUGCCUGGACUUUGGUCGCUCACCGUGAAGGCCGCUGGUUCGCUGGCGAAAUCGGUGCAGGUCCCAUCAAACGAUCCUCGUAUAUCGAUCGCGUCAACAUCAAGUCUGAGGCCCUGGCCUCCUUGAAGCCCAAGUAUGCCAAGGCUCUGGACAAGCUCGAGAAGGAGGUCAAGCGCCGUUGA